GCGUUGCAAAUGCCUUAUCCAUUCCAUUAAAUAAUGAUCUCUUUCCAACUAUUGGAAUGCAGACUGCUGAUGAAAUGAUUGACGCUAAUUUUGGUCAAAAACCUUUUUUAUUUGAUAUGCGUUCAGAACUAAAAAUGGCUGAAAAAGCAACCAUGGAUAAUAUUAAUGCUAUAGAAUUGCCUGCAGAAAAAGUUUUGUGGAUGAACAGCCUUGUUUCAAAUUGGAUGGCUCAUGAAGGCUAUUCUCGCGCUUUAGACGCUUUAAAUCGUGCGACAGGAGGUGGAACUAGAGGAGAACUUUCACAACAAUUAGCUAAAAGCGAUUCUCAAGGUUCAACAAUAACUUUUGAUUCCAAAGAUUCUCAAUCACCAACAGUUGCAGCAGAAAAAGUAGCCGAAGUUGUAAUGAAUUCAAUGAUUGGAUUAUUGGGUGGAAAUGGUGGUGAGAAUUCUUCUACACAACCUCAAGGUGGAGGAGGAAAUGUUAGACGUUCAGUGGUCCGUUCAGUUCAGGAGGCUCUUUAUGAAGAAAUGGAACAACGCAGAAUUCUUGUUCGUAUGGUUAAAAAGGGACAAUUGGCUGAUGCUAUUGAUAAAAUCGAGCAAUUAUUUCCUUCUUUGUUUGAAACAAAUCGACAACUUGCAUUAUUAAUAAAAACACAGCAUUUUAUUGAAAUGUAUAAAGAAAUUACUAAAGAAUUACCUCCAUUACCUCAAGAACAGCAACAAUCAAAUAAUUUAAAUGAAAAUAAUUCACUUUCAACUAAACAACAAUUUAAUAAUAAUAAUAAUUUAUCCUCCCCAUCUCCACGUCCUUCAAGUAGUAGAGGGGGAAAAAGAAGUGCUUCUGCUGUAGAUGAUGAUGAUGAUUUUACAAUGAUUCCGAGUUCUUCUAAUGAUGAAGGGAAGAAUUUGAAUUCUGCUUCAGAUUUGCAUAAUCCUGUUAAACGACGUUCGAGUAAUGGUAAGAAAGAAAAGGAAAAAUUUUUUUUAAUCCUGGGAUAUUUAAAUAUAAAUAAUUGA